AUGCAGGAACUGUUGACAUUCAGAGAUGUGACCAUAGAAUUUUCUCCAGAAGAGUGGGCAUGCCUGGACCCUGCUUGGUGGAAUUUGUAUAGGGAUGUGAUGUUAGAGAACUACAGAAACCUGGCCUCCCUAGGUCUUACAGCCUCUAAACCCGACCUGAUCACCUGUCUGGAGCAAAGGAAAGAGCCCUGGAAUGUGAAAAGACAUGAGAGAGUUGCAGAAUACUUAGUUAGGUGGGAGGCAGAGGAUGCAGAUGAAAGGAUAUGGAGAACACAGCCUGCAACAUCUAUGGUCCUUACUCCUAACUUAGUUGCCCUUGAGCUUGGUUAA